UCAUUUGAAACGGAACGCACCUAUUUCAAAAAAUAAAAGAAGAGAAAAGCAAAAGGCAUUUGAAAAGGUAUUUUUCACAUCUAAUUCGAAGUUUAUUUUCCGUAAUGUAAUUGGAGCGCCCAAAUCCGGCGAUGGGAGGCGUCGGUUGGGUUGGCCUAUUAUACAUUUGAAAUCUAAUCCUCCGGAUGUAGAUGGAGAUUCUCCAUUGACGUCAAAAUCCAGUUCUCACACUUUCCUACCACUUUUUUCUCCACACCCAUUUCCCAAUUCCUCUAAAAACCUCCAUCUCUAUCCUGCUUCCCCAUCCUAAUUAGGGUUUCCAAUUUCUUCAAUUUUCUCUCCCUCAUUCUCUGCACUGCCACAAAUUCCUUCCUCGUUCUUCAAUUUUCUUUUUCUAUUUAUAUAAAUUUCAACAUCGCUUUCCAUGAAGAACCCUAAGAAUAAGAAGAAGAAGAAGAAGGUCAUCCCAUCGUCGGCGUUGGGAUCCACCCCUGCUACCAACAAAGAUAAUGUUAUUAAUUCCGUCGGUGUGGUGACGGAGGCGUUAUCUGUGGCUUCUCUUAACGAUCCGUCGUUGCCUGUUCCUAGAGAAGCUAGGGUUGGUCUGAAUGAAGACGCUGAUAGUUUUGACGAUUUCGCGACGACUUCUUCCUCGUCUUCAAGUGCGAUCACGGCUUCGAGUUCGAGUUCGUAUUCCUCUGAGGAUGUUUUAGAUUAUAAAGGUUAUAUGGGGAAGAAACAGAAACGGGUUGUUGCUUCUACGGGAACAAUAUCUACGGUUUUAGGGAAGGAUUAUGUUCGGUCCUCAUUGAAGAGGGAUUCGAGGAAUAAAUUCAUGGAGUUUGACCAUGGGAAGUUUUCUCAACAGGAGGCAGAGCAAUUCCUUUGCUCCAUGUUAGGGGAUGAGUGUGAACUGAGCAUGGCCGUCGUAAGAGAUGUGCUAUGUCAAUGUGGCUGUGAUGUGGAAAAGGCUUUAAAUGCAUUGCUUGAUUUAGCUGGUCCUUCCAGUAAACAGUUUGAAAGUGGUAGGGACUCGUGCAACGGUGCUAACUUUCAACAAGAUUUGGGAUCUUCAAUUGAUCAUAUUGAACAUUCGAUAGAUCGUGCAUCAGAUUCUACCUCCUACUCGUCUGAAAGUGAGUUUCCGGAGAGUAUAUGGUCCUUUGCGGCUGUAUGUAGGAAUGAUGUGAAGGUUCUUGCUGGUUCUGAAGUCCAAAAACCACAACCCUCAAGAAGUGUUGAAUCUGAUCUCCCUCAAACAUUGUUAGAAACUUUAUUCAACAUUUCGAGAAGUCCUGAAUAUGAACCAAACACCAUGAAUUGGAGAAGUAUGGUGAAGAAAAUGCAAUCUCUGGGACCUGCCAUUGAUGUCAAUCCCCCAAGUUGUGUUCAGAAUACUAAUGACGUUAAAUCCAAAGAUGACUAUCAGUUCUAUAGGGAAAAUGCAAACCAGCAAUGGGAUUCAGUGAAAUCCUGUUUCCAGAAAGCAACAGCAGCAUAUACAAAAGGAGAACGCAGUUAUGCAUCUUACCUUUCAGAGCAGGGGAGAGCACAAACUAGACUGGCGCACAAGGCUGAUGACAAAGCAAGUCAUAAUAUAUUUUUAGCCAGAAAUAGGGAUAUAGAGAAUGUGAUUACAAUUGAUUUGCAUGGGCAACAUGUUAAACAGGCAAUGAGGCUUCUUAAAAUGCACCUACUAUUUGGAUCUUAUGUUUCCUCCAUUCAGUCUCUCAGAGUUAUCACCGGAUGUGGAUCACAUGGUGUAGGAAAAUCAAAGUUGAAAACUUCAGUUAUCAAACUCCUAGAAAAUGAAGGUAUCGAAUGGAAUGAAGAAAAUCGAGGAACCAUACUGAUAAAGCUCAGUGGUUUCAGAGAGUUUAACUUUCUGGAUUCUCAUAGCGAUACUGACUUUACUUGGAAGGAGCUACCGUCGUGCAAUUUGUUUGAAGCUAUAGAAGGACCGUUCUAUUGCUUGAGAUUUGGUUACGUAGAUUGGACAUUAGUCCCAUGCUUUCAAGGGUUUUCGAAGUCAUUAAACCCUUAAAUCAAGUCAAAUUAACUUACCUAAUCACUGCCAAUUAAAAUCAUCUUGGAGUUGACCAGCUCCAUUGGAAAACUGCACUCAUUUGACUCUCAUCUUAGCCAACUGAAGAUGUAAAAUACCGGUAUUUUUUCUCUUUAAUAUUUGAGAGCAUUUAUUUAGAAACCGUCGAGAGAAAUUAAGGAUAGCCCACGUGUUGUCAGUCUUUUUAUUUGAGAGUUGAUUCAAUAGGAACCACGGGAGGAUGUUAUGAACAUGAUGCCUCAGAUAUAGCAGAAUUUGGUUGGAAUGGUGGACGGUACCCAACAAUCUGAUUGCCGAUGAUCUGGUAAAGAAUGUGCUGUCAAAUCGUGAAAACAAUGGUGAUGUUGAUCUAGGAAUGUGUGAAAGUCAACCAAAAGUAUGGCGUUUGUUUUGCAAGAGAUCUUAAACUGAGAAAACCACAUCCGUCUUUCUUCCUUUA